AUGCAAACUCCAGAGCUGGACCAUCUUCACCGUCGUCAACAGCCUCGCCUCGGCACUUCGACAAGCCAUCUCAACCAGCGACGAGUCUUCUCCGACGUGACACGCUUAUCCAUCGACCUGACUUGGGCUCGAUCAGAGUCGGACCAGGCCAGCCGCGCAAGGGCCUACCCUUCUCCGCCCAUGUCAGGGUCUCCUCCGCUUCCGCCAAAACCAACUCACGAGGCUGGCGAACGAAGUCAAGGAAGCUACCGGACGAGUCACGAUGCCUACAAUAGAGUUGCGACGACGGCUCCUUCCCACGGCAUCGACAUGAGGGUACACUCCAGAACCCCGGCUCACCAGUCGUAUGCACCGCAUCUGCACCGCCAGCCGCCAUCCUUUUCACAUACGAUACAAGGUUCCUCUGCCAGAUCUUAUGCUUCCGAACCCCAAGACCGAUAUUCGUAUCCUUCGUACGGGCGCCCAGAAGACCAGCAGUUGUCGUCGUCCGGAGGCCAUGUCGCUGCCUAUCCUCCGCCAACGCAUCUCCAGGGGCCACCAGCGAUGUCGGGAUAUACGCCGUAUUUGCCACCACUUCCAGGACCAUCAUCGAUGCAACAGGGAUACCCGUCUUCCCCUCGAGCUUCGGCACCCGCUCAGAUUCCGUCUCCGAUCCCAGGACAACCGGACAGCUCAUCUCCUAAAUCACAACGAAAGACGAAAGGGCAUGUCGCGUCAGCUUGCGUGCCCUGCAAAAGGGCCCAUCUCCGUAACGGAAAGGAAGAUGCUUGCGUCGAUGUACAACACAAGAAAAGAGGCCGGCCAAGGCUUCGUGAGGAGAGAGAUUUGAGGUACGAACUAUCUGGGCGAGGAGCCUCGGGUGGCCAUUCAGCUGAGCCAUCAAUUCGCAGACCGGUGCCGACCUUGUACGGACAACCGUCCGCGUCCUUGGGCUCCGGGUACGCUGUUUCUACCCGCCGAGGCCAAACCGCUUCCUACAGGGUUUUAAAGUCACAACCUGCUGAUCCCAUCGUUCCAAGGUUUAUUGAGCGUGGUUCUGCUUCCGAUGCCAACGUCUACUCUGCUCCUGUCUCCAUCACAACCCGUCCACUUGAACCAGCUGUUUUUCUCACCACCGACCUUGAAUUGGCAAAGGCGUCCAAUGCCUUUCUGGACGCAAUCGGCCGCCACACUGUCAAAGGCCUCAACCUCUUGGACAUCAUCUCUCCCAUGGAACGUGAGCGUGUGGUCUCUCUUCAGCGGCAAAUGCAAGAUGAACGCGAACGCAAAGAUCCCCAGUACCUACCCCCGAUUUUUGUUAAGCGGGACGAAGAGCGCGUGAUACAGUCCCUGGGUUUCUCGGCAGAAGAUAUGUCCCGAUAUGCUUUGGACUGGCACGAGUACCUUACGUUCAGCUCCUCAGAUGCUCAGCAAAGAACGGUCCCAGUACACAUGGGCCUCGCUAAACAAGACUCGAUCUACUUUAUUGUCUUGGUGCUCGACGUUGCGGUCCGGCCACUAGGGCACCCAACACCCUCUCCGCACUCGUCGUAUGCGUACCAGGCAAUGCAGCAGGCACCACCACAGCACCAACUUUUCUCGCAGCCCACGCCUGUUUCGGCCACUUUUGAUACUGGGCGCCCCCGCAUGCCGAGUGACUCUGGUAUUCUACCGCACCGUCCUACACCGUCCGGUGGCCCGUCGCCGAUGCUCUCCGGUCUGAGCCCCAGUGUUUCUUCUACAUAUGCCCCCUCGCCAGGCCGCACAGAUUAUCCUACGGGCCCGCCGUCAUAUCAGACACCUCGCAGCGAGCUAGUUUCUCACCCUUUGUCGCAUCGCCAGCCACAGCCAACAGGCAGUCCUAGCUUUCAGCUACCUCCGAUCCGAGACCGACCGGUCCCGGUAAGGCAGAUGGACGGCUCCGCGACCUCGAGAGACGACAAGUCAAGAGUCGAUAUUGGCGGCUUGAUCGACGGUCCGGAGCCACUCAGACGAAUGCAUUAA